UAUUGAAGUAGGGAGCAGCUUGCUAAUCUGUCAGAGAAUCUAAACAACCAACAAUUUAAUGACGUAGUUUACAAAGCGUUUCUACGGGAUUUUCUCGUUAAUUCUUUUGUUGACCGUAAAUUGUUCGACUUCUACAAUGUCCUCCAUGCAGUCACUGUAAUUAUAGCUCUCUCAGGACAGUGUCCUGCAGAAGAGCCACUUUGCUCUGCCCUCACUCCACAGAGCGAUGCCUCCCUUGUGUCACUGACAUGGAGAGAUGCAGGUUCACUUGCCCUGCGUAGGGGCUUAUCUAGGGCUAAGCUAGGGGGACGGACAAAUAGCAAAGCCAGCCUCAACCCAGCCAGCCGGACUAAGGGCACAGAAAGCCAUCUGUCCCUUCUCUGUGCAAUAACUGACAACAAAGGGGGUCAAACAUUUAACGAGGACUGUAAAACUAGGGGACUAUUCAUUCUGGAGUGACAAAGAAGAGAGGAAGAGGAACAAAUAUUUAUACUAAAACAGCAGGUGUGGCAUGCCGGCAAAGCGUUGUAUUCAUCUAUUGGUGUUGAGUGUUGUAUGAAGCUGAGCGUCUAGACCGUUGAUAAGUGUGAAUAUGUCUGACAAGGAAGGUGGGGCCUCAGAGGGGGGGCUGAAUGUUACCCUCACGUUACGGCUUCUGAUGCAUGGGAAGGAAGUGGGCAGCAUAAUUGGAAAGAAAGGGGAAACCGUCAAAAAGAUGAGAGAGGAGAGUGGCGCUCGCAUCAACAUUUCGGAGGGAUCUUCUCCAGAGAGGAUUGUUACCAUCACAGGACCAACAGAGGGCAUCUUCAAAGCUUUCUCUAUGAUCGCUGAGAAGUUUGAGGAGGACAUUACAGCUGCAAUGACAAACAGCACGGUAACAAGCCAUCCUCCAGUGACACUCCGCCUUGUGUUCCCAGGGAGUCAGUGUGGCUCCUUGAUAGGCAAAGGAGGCUCCAAGAUCAAGGAGAUCAGAGAGACCACAGGUGCUCAGGUGCAGGUUGCAGGGGACAUGCUGCCAGAAUCCACUGAGAGAGCUGUCACUAUCUCAGGCACUCCUCAGGCCAUCACACAGUGUGUCAGACACAUCUGCUCUGUCAUUCUGGAAUCACCACCCAAAGGAGCAACUAUCCCAUAUCGCCCCAAGACCAUGCCAGGAGCCGGUCAUCCAGUAUUUCAACAACAACAUCAACAUCAACAACAACAUGCUUCACAAGCCUUCACACUUCAAGGACAGUAUGCGUUUCCACAUCAAGAUUUGACCAAGCUUCACCAGUUGGCUAUGCAGCAUAUCCCCCUCCCUUCCCUUGGGCAAAGCAACCCUACCUUCCCUGGAAUGGAUGCCUCUGUCGCCACAAGUUCUCAGGAGCUGGCGAUACCCAACGACUUUAUUGGCAGUAUAAUUGGCAGACAAGGCAGCAAGAUCAAUGAGAUUCGCCAGGUGUCGGGAGCUCACAUCAAGAUAGCCAGUGCCACGGACGGAUCGCCCAUGCGCCAAGUCACAAUCAUAGGCUCUCCUACCAGCAUCAGUGUGGCACACUACCUCAUCAAUGUCAGCUUAGAGAUGGCUAAAUACACCAUGCAGGCUGCUUCCUCUGCGUCAUCUGUUGACCUCAACAAUAUGAGCUUCUCUCAGUCUGCUCCCACUGUCUCCACACCCACCUCUCUGGCUGUCAUGGCCGCCACCACCCAAGUCCCUGGUACCAUUAACAUGCACUCCCCCUCCACCUUACAGUCCAUCCCCACCCAGCACUAUGCCGUCCCCGUUUCCAGUCUGCUUGGCAUGAAAACGCUCCCUAUGCUGGCUAUGCACCCAGCAGCUGCCUCAGGGCUCCUGCAAGGUCUAUCCCCUUACACCACUAAGAUUCCUACUGCUGGCAUGAAAAAAACUGAGCGCCAGAAGUUUGCCCCAUAUUGACAUAUGGGAUAAGAAUUGAAUUCCCCUUCCAAAAACACGUUUGGGGUCAGUACUGCAUAACACUUGUUCCCUGUUGCAAAGCUUGAUUAAGAUAUAUUGACUGUAUGCAGAGGCCUCAUGCCCGUAGGGGGGACAGGGGCGUGUUCCCCCUCAGAUUUGUCUUGUUGAAAAAUACGUUGCUGUUGUUUCUCUGUGAUACUACCAGCCACCUAGCAAUUUUAUGAAGUUGGCUUUAGGUAGCACAGAUAGGUUCCCAAUCUCCUACCCUCAUUACUAGCUACCAAGGAUUGCAGGAUAUAGCUUUCAGCUGUUUGACACACACACACACACACACAGACACACACACACAGACACACACACAGACACACACACACACACACACACACACACACACACACACACACACACACACACACACACACACACACACACACACACACACACACACACACACACACACACACACACACACACACACACACACACACACACACACACACACACACACACACACACACACACACACACACACACACACACACAGUAGUGUAACAGUAUUGUUUGCAACUGUAACUAAAGCGAAAUACCUACUUGUGUGUCAGAACAUACACAACAAUACACAGGCGUUUCUCAAACUCACAGAAACAGCGGAUCCUUCCAGCAGAACCGUUUUCUCAGAUAUGAUGUACUGUGUUUUGUUUUGAAUCGCUGUAAACAGUUGGCCAAUGAUGUGGUUAGGAAAAAGCCAGUUCCAAACCAGAAUUGACGUUGUACCAGCUGCAUUCUAUCGGUAGGGUAACUGUUAGACAACACUUUACUUGACACCCAAGUGUCAAGUAUUAUGACAUGGCCAUAACCAUGUCAUAAUAUGUCAUAACAGCUGACAUAAUGUGUAACACUGUCAUGACCCAUAUAUUUACACCUCUUGUAACAUAUAUUGCGUUAUUUUAUGGCUGGUUAUGACACCUACAUCAGCAUGUCAAAACCCACAUUUAUUCAAAUGAGUUUUUUCACUGCCGAGACGUUUCUUUCUUAAAUCCUUUGUUGUUGUGGUAAUAUAUUUUUGUUUACAGUCAUGCUUCUUUUUUAUCGUAAUGAUCUCGUAGAAAAUGAAGUUUAUUGCACUGCCGUGAAGCAUGAUGACCUCCCUGUGACACUUUACGUGGACUAAGAAAAUACAAUUUAUGAAACUGUCACGAAGCAUCACGACCAUCAUAAUCAUACAAGCCAGAUCGGCCUAUCACGUACAUGCCCUGAUAUCAGUCAUCAAUCAAAAAGAGGGUGUCUUGUCCUGCUCCUGCAAUCUGAUCGUGCAUUCAUCCCAGGCAUCAGCAACAGAGCAUUGGGGUAGGUGCACGUCCGACAUCAAUGUGUGCGCAAUUCAAAUUCUAAUCGAACAUGGUCCAUUUUUUAAAUAUUUUUUUAAAUAUCACAUACAUAAACAUACUGUUGACACGUAGGCUAGGAUGUAAUGGAAUGUUUUGCCUUGUGUGGUAGCUUUUGAGUGUUUUGACACUCUUAUGUAGGUAUCAUAACCAGCCAUAAAAUAACGCAAUAUAUGUCACAGCAGGUCUAAAUCUAUUAUAACAGGUUAUGACAAGUUAUGUCAGCUGUUUAUAACCGCGAACGUGAACAUUUAUGACGCUGGUUGUCAAGUAAAGUUAUUACAGUGAAGUUUACUGUAACAAUGGUUUUUCCGCUUGGUCAUGUUUUUUCCUCCUCCUCCAAUAGGCUCUCGUCAGUGGUUACAGACUUGGGUGCUCUGUAGUAUUGUUGCACAUGCAGUGCUGAAGGGAUUACUCUAAAGCCACGUUGGAUUCUUGUGGCUUUGAAUCUACACAAAAACCCUGUAGAGUGGGACUGGCCUAACUAAUUCCUAUUGUUCUGUUUUUGCCACUUGGUUUUCUCAGAACUGAAGUCAAAAUGAACAAACCUCUACAGUCCAAUUCAUAUUCCACUCUGCUCUCAAUAUCUGUGGUUGAUGCAGCACACUAUUGUAACCACGUUAUGUUGAUGCUCGUGUUUUUAAUUAGGUUCCACUCUCAGCUUUGUUGAUGAGCUCUUAUGAUUUGUUAUAUUUGUCCCAGACAUGAAAUUACUUUUAAAUAAAUCAAGCUUUUUACGAAUAC